AUGAAAUCAAUGAAGGGAAGAUUCCUAAAGAAAUUAAAUUUCAUUCCAAGUGUAAGCACACUGAAACAAGGUAUAGUUUCCCAUCUGAACUCCACAGAAAAGCUUUCCUACCAGAACUUGCAGAUACCACCAAUUUUCAUACAAGAAGAUCACAAGAAAGACUGUUUAGCUGGCAAUUUUGGUGCAUCAAAGCACCAAACAGAAUCAAAAGAUGAAGAACUGGAUUUGGAACUUAAUUUCUUCGACAAGGUGAACAUCACACCCUGCAUAGCAUCCAAUGACAGAGUACCUGCCAUGGAUAGUCCUGACGCUCCAGUCUCUAAAGAGAUCAGCAUGGAGCAAGACACAGGACAUAAAGCUGAGAAAGAGAUCGAUGAACAUCCAUCUCUAUCGGAUUUUGAAGAGAAAUGUCUUCCAGGAGGAAGUCAGUCUGUAAUUCUCUACACAACAAGCUUGAGAAGUAUAAGAAAGACAUUUGAGGAUUGUCACGCUAUUCGGUUUUUGUUGGAAAGUUUUAAAGUAAUGUUCUGCGAGAGAGAUGUUUCUUUGCACUUGGAAUUCAGGGAGGAACUAUGGAGUUUACUGGGUGGCAGAGUGAUUCCUCCAAGGCUUUUCGUAAAGGGAAGGUACAUAGGAGGAGCUGACGAAGUGAUUGGCUUGCACGAGCAAGGUAAGCUGAAGAAUCUCUUGGUAGAUAUACCGCUCAACCUGUCUAACUGCCCUUGCACUGGUUGCGGUAACAUGCGAUUUGUUGUUUGCUCCAAUUGCAAUGGCAGUUGUAAGGUCUUUGCAGAUGAUCGGAAUGAUGAGAAGUACAUUCGAUGCCCUGAAUGUAAUGAAAAUGGAUUGGUUAAAUGCCCCAUCUGCAGCUGA